AUGGGUUGGUGGUGGAGCUCCGCCCCUAAAGAGGGCCAGUCUUCCACGCCUGCUGCCUCCAGUUCUCCUGCUUCACAACCCCCUCCAGAGACCACCUCCGCACCUUCACAACCACCGCAACCCCGGACUCUCACCCGCGAGGAGCAGGCCGACGCAGAAUGGAAGACGCUGAUCGCCAGCCUGGAAAGCGAUAUCAGUGGUCAAAAGCAGCAGCAGCAGCAGACACCAUCUGCUGGUAAUACCACAUCAUCCGAUUCCGCAUCAUCCCCAUCCAACUCCGCCGAUCCUCAAGCACCUCCUUCGUCCAUUGCCCCCGAAUCCCUAUACGAUGAUACCAUGUCCUGUCGCUCCGCAUUCGACUAUGCCUUUUUCUGCCAGUCCUUCGGAGGCCAGUUUGUCAACGUCUACCGCUAUGGUGAGCUGCGGUCCUGCAGCGAACACUGGGACAACUUCUGGAUGUGCAUGAAGACCCGCACGUUACCGGAUCAGCAGCGCCGGAAGGCAAUCCGCGAUCACAACCGGAAGAAAGCCAUCAAGUACAAGACAGGGCCCAGCAGCGAAGACGUGUGGGACGUGCGGACAGAGCCGGUGCAGAAUGCAUUCUCCGGGGAUUUCGCGGCCCUGGAACGGGAAAUGCAGGCAGAGGAAGAAGAAGCAGCGCGGCAGAAAGCUGCUACGGCCUAA